GGACAGCGCAUGGUGAUAGAAAGUUGGCCGAGGUUGUUUGGAGGGUAUGUGGAGGAAAGCAACAGGAGAACCUACUUGCACUUUAAGCAAUGGCGAGGAAGAGUAUCGAGCAGGAAGACUGACAAGUAGCAAAAGAAAACGACGCAAGCCCAGGAAUGAGAGCGGCCCCAGCUGGUUGCGAGAGCAUCUGCUGUUGAUGAAAUAGCUUGAUUUGGUGUCCAAGCCCCCGCGUCCAUGAAGCAGGUUGUUCACCAUAUUCCGUCCAUCUCGACUUUCACAACUCAGCAGAGGACGCUCUCAAAAGCGCCCCUGCCCUGGCACACCAGAUAAUUCAGAGCUGGAAAAACUUCGCUUUCAGUUGGAACUUGUCAGGUCGCAGAUACUUGCAGCUGACUCACGGUUCAUGCUCGACAGAACAUUUCCCAUCCUUGUCUUAAUCUGCUGCCUAACAAGGUUACAAGAACCACAUAUUCCUCCAACCUUUCCCUCUCCACCCGACAUCUAAAUUUGCAGCGUACGCGCAUGUGAGAAUACAUGUCCAUGUCUGCACUGGACCCUGAGACUGGCGCCCUGAGCACAAUUCACACCUGAUGCAUAUUAGCCAAUGCAGCCCAGCUGAGCUCAUCCGAGCUGCAUGGAAAAGAUGUGCUUUGAUGUGUGAUGGAACGCACCAUACCGAACCCACCAGAUGCAGUUGGUGUUGUCACGGUUAGAAAAGACUACGACGUAUUUAUCCUUCGUUUACUACUCGGCCUCCUGACUACUACGUAGCCUCAAAGAUCGGAGGACGUUAAAUCUCUCCGGCUCAUAAAAUUUCUGUCAGCGGAUUUUGAUUUGGCAUCAUCCUGAUCCAUGUUACCGUACAGGCUGGAUACGUAUGUCUGCCAAGCCCGGUUCCCAUCCAAUCUCUCCAUCGGGCCGAUCUGCCGACACUUGUGACCACCCACCGCCCCCGGUGAACAUACCGCAAGUCAGUAACUUGGACUUUGAUGUUAUUUCACAGACGCCUUCCGCUAUGUGCCAGGUGGCCGUAUCUUCGUCAUAGACACUGAUUCCUUACGUUCUGUCCUGAAAACACGCCGGCCUCCCUCAAUUAUGGACACGUGGCAUCCCCGGGUUGCAGUCGCGCGCUCCUCUCAAGUCUCGAAUCUCCCUCUCGGACUUCGACAGGCUGCCCUUCCCAAACCCGCUUGCUCGCUCGACGUUCCGUGAUUCCCCGAGAGUCCGAGACCAAGAACUUCCGGGUAAAUUGGCCGUCAACAGAAAUGGUCGGGUUGUUGUGUUUGUUUCAGGAGGGAGGGAGGGAGGAGCCUCGAUCGUUCUGACUCGUACUGCGGACAAUGGUACUAGCUUCGAGUUCUUUGCUUCACUUGUGAUCGGUGAUUCAGUGUUCGAUGAUGCGGGAGGAAACGCCAUGGCAUGGAAUCGAGCUGCUGCUUGCUUUAAUCUGCAUUAUCUUCUCCCGCCGGUACACUCUGUUGGACGAUGUCCACAUCCACCGACGUCACUGCAUCGGGGGUUCAUUUAAGCAGGCCCCCUCUCCUUCCCUCCAAAUGCCCGACCCGGGGAGUAAAAAUCCCCCACCUUGGGUGGAGCUACGUGGACUUCUGUACCCGUGUGUCGCAUGAACCGAGAAGACGACUGGUCAAAUUUGUCCUUCUAAUUCUGGGAAGGACACUAUUCUCUCCCCCUCGCCAGAAGCGUCAUCAUCGUUCAUUGCAUCCAGGAAGAGAGAAGGAACAACUGCCCAGGACGCAACGCACGUGUCCUUGGUCCAGCGCUAUCAUCAUGAUUAGAAGAAGAAGAAGAAGAAGCUGCGGCGGUAAAAGUAAUAUUUACACCUCUCUGUUCUCAUUUCCUUCGUACGUCGCUGCCUCGACGCGGCAAUGCAUCAACGCGGAGGAACCAUACAGAGCUCCAGCAGCAAAUAUAUCCAUCUCCCCUCGCCUGCCUGCACUAUUCUCCUCGAUAAAAUCAGCCAAAUCUCUCCCUCCCUCCAAAAGUAUCCCAAAGUAGCCAGACUAUCGCAGGCGUGUCGGGCCCAACUGCCCACUUCUAAUUUUGAAUAGGACAGCGGCUCAAAACCUCCACCAUGAGAAACGCAUGCUCUCCGAGUUCCAAAUGACAGAAUGAUAUGGCAAGUCUGAAUCUGAUCAACAAGCACACCCUCCCCGUCCCCGGCCGACCCAACAACAACAUCAAGACCAACACUUGGAGACCCAAAAAGCCCCCAACCUAAGAACUAGACACCCACGUCGAUCUCCCAAGCUUCGGCUAUGUCUCCCUGCCUCCCUGCCUCCCUACCUCCAAACACCGUAGACUGACCAUCCCCUGCGCUCCAUGAAUCCAUGCCAUCCUCGCCCGCCAUGCGCACUACUGCUGCUCCUGUCGCAGUAGUAGUGCGCACAAGCGGCUCCUACAACACCGAGGCUCCGAGACUCGCAUGAAUCGAAUAGCACCAAAUUGCUCGGGACUGUUUAUCGGCAGCAGAACCAACAAGACCGAAUUUAGACAGCGGCUCGUCGUGGAGCGAGUGAACUGACAGCCACACACCAGUGGCGCAAAGACUAUAUACGGAGUGCGUCAUCAGCGUCCAUAGCUUCUCGAGCUCGACGGUCUAGACAGUGAGG